UUUCUGGACGUGAACAGCUCUUGGCUCAGCAAAGAAUGCACAGUAUGAUCAGCUCAGUGGAUGUGAAGUCGGAGGUUCCCGUGGGAUUAGAGCCUAUCUCACCAUUAGACUUGCGAACUGAUCUCAGGAUGAUGGUUCCCAUGGUGGACCCAAUUAUGCGUGAAAAGCAGCUACAGCAGGAGCUACUUCUGAUCCAGCAGCAGCAGCAAAUUCAGAAACAACUGCUGAUUGCAGAGUUUCAGAAGCAGCAUGAAAACCUGACCCGCCAGCACCAGGCCCAGCUCCAGGAGCACAUAAAGGAACUCCUAGCCAUUAAACAACAGCAAGAACUCCUUGAAAAAGAGCAGAAACUGGAGCAGCAGAGACAGGAGCAGGAACUGGAGAGGCAUCGCAGGGAACAACAGCUUCCUCCCCUCCGAGGCAAAGAAAGAAGCCGAGAAAGGGCAGUGGCCAGUACAGAAGUGAAGCAGAAACUUCAAGAGUUCCUGUUGAGUAAAUCGGCAACAAAAGACUCUCCAGCAAAUGGGAAGAAUCAUUCCAUGAGCCGCCACCCCAAGCUCUGGUACACGGCUGCCCACCAUACCUCACUGGAUCAAAGCUCUCCACCCCUGAGUGGGGCCUCGCCACCAUACAAAUACACUUUACCAGGAGCACAGGAUGCCAAGGAUGAUUUUCCACUUCGUAAAACGGCUUCAGAGCCCAAUUUGAAGGUACGUUCACGGUUAAAACAAAAGGUGACAGAAAGGAGAAGCAGUCCUUUACUCAGGAGGAAGGAUGGAAAUGUUGUCAGUUCAUUCAAGAAGCGACUCUUUGAGGUGACAGAAUCCUCAGUCAGUAGCAGCUCUCCUGGAUCAGGUCCCAGUUCCCCAAGCAAUGGUCCGACCAGCAGUGUAACAGAAAAUGAAACCUCAGUUUUGCCAUCUAACGUUCAAGCUGAGCAUCUGGUUUCACAGCAACGCCUUUUGAUACAGGAUGAAUCAGUGAACUUGUUGAGUCUGUACACAUCCCCUUCUCUGCCCAACAUUACCUUGGGACUUCCAGCAGUACAACCUCAGAUCAGUGCUUCACCAUCAUUCAAAGAAAAGCAGAAGGGGGAGACCCAGUCGCUCAGACAAGGAGUGGCCUUGGCUGGACAGUAUGGGGGGAACAUUCCUCCGUCCUCAACUCAUCCUCAUGUUGCUUUGGAGGGAAAGCCAAAUAGCAGCCACCAAGCUCUCUUGCAGCAUCUGUUACUGAAAGAACAAAUGAGACAGCAAAAACUUCUUGUGACUGGAGCAGUUCCUCUUCAUCCACAGUCUCCUCUAGCAGCGAAGGAGAGGGUCUCACCUGGCAUAAGAGCUGCCCACAAACUGCCUCGUCACAGGCCACUGAAUCGAACCCAGUCAGCUCCUCUUCCUCAGAGUACUUUGGCCCAGCUGGUCAUCCAGCAGCAACAUCAACAAUUUUUGGAGAAGCAGAAACAGUACCAGCAGCAGAUCCACAUGAAUAAGAUGCUCUCUAAAUCCAUUGAGCAGCUCAAGCAGCCUGGCAGUCACCUGGAGGAAGCUGAAGAAGAGCUUCACGGAGAUCACUCGAUGCAAGAAGAGCGAGCUCCGGCCAGCGGUGCCAGCGUUAGGGCUGAGAGCAGCAGUGCUGGUGUGGAUGACAGAAUAGGACAGCAGGUGGGGGCUGUGAAAGUCAAAGAGGAGCCACCGGACAGUGAUGAGGAUGUUCAAACCCAGCAAAUGGAAUCUGGGGAGCAAGCUGCUUUUAUGCAACAGGAGUUCCUGGCGCAUCGGCGUGUCCACCAGUUGCAAAUCUACCAGGCUCAGAUGGCUACAGUUGGCAUGGUGGGAUUAGAUAAACAUCGGCCGGUGUCCAGGACCCCAUCUUCCCCUGCUGAUUCCACAUUACCUCACCCAGCCAUGGACCAGCCCAGCCAGCAUGUCUACACGACUGGUGUUGUGUAUGACAGUCUGAUGCUGAAGCACCAGUGUAUGUGUGGCAACUAUGCUAAUCACCCUGAACAUGCUGGAAGGAUCCAAAGCAUCUGGUCAAGGCUGCAAGAAACUGGGUUGCUAAACAAGUGUGAGCGAAUUCGAGGUCGAAAAGCCAGUCUGGAGGAAAUACAGCUGGUUCACUCUGAACAUCAUUCACUGCUGUAUGGCACCAGCCCCCUGAACAGACAGAAGCUGGACCCCAGGAAACUCCUAGGAAACGUGUCUCAAAAACUCUUUUCCUUGUUGCCUUGUGGGGGACUUGGGGUGGACAGUGACACCGUUUGGAACGAGCUGCACUCGGCCGGGGCGGCACGCAUGGCGGUGGGCUGUGUCAUCGAGCUGGCGGCCCGCGUGGCCUCCCGGGAGCUGAAGAAUGGUUUUGCUGUUGUAAGGCCCCCAGGCCAUCAUGCUGAAGAAUCAACAGCCAUGGGGUUCUGCUUUUUUAAUUCGAUUGCAAUUACUGCCAAAUACUUGAGAGACAAGCUAAAUAUAGGCAAGAUAUUGAUUGUAGAUCUGGAUGUUCACCAUGGCAACGGUACACAGCAGGCUUUUUAUGCUGACCCCAGCAUCCUGUAUGUUUCCCUCCAUCGCUAUGAUGAAGGCAACUUCUUCCCCGGCAGUGGAGCCCCAAAUGAGGUUGGAAGUGGCCCUGGUGAAGGGUAUAACAUAAAUAUUGCUUGGACAGGUGGCUUGGAUCCUCCUAUGGGCGAUGUUGAGUAUCUCACAGCAUUCAGGACUGUGAUUAUGCCAGCUGCCAAUGAGUUUGAUCCAGAGAUUGUCCUGGUGUCAGCAGGAUUCGAUGCUGUGGAAGGCCACGACCCUCCGCUGGGCGGGUACAAAGUCACAGCUAAAUGUUUUGGUCACCUAACCAAGCAAUUGCUGAAGCUAGCGGAUGGUCGUGUGGUGCUGGCACUGGAGGGAGGACAUGACCUUACUGCCAUCUGUGAUGCAUCUGAAGCCUGUAUAAACGCCCUUUUAGGAAAUGAGCUGGAGCCUCUCCCAGAAGAUAUUGUGCACCAAAUCCCCAAUAUGAAUGCAAUAGCUUCUUUAAAAAAGACCACUGAAAUUCAAAGCAAGUACUGGAAGUCAGUGGAGCCAUACUCUGUGCCAGUGGAUUGUGCUCUGGCUGAGUCUCAGAAACAAGAGAGGGAGGAGACAGAAACGGUAUCUGCUAUGGCCUCUCUUUCAGUGGAUGUUGAGCAGUGUAUCCCUCAGGAAGGCAGCAGAGCUGCUGGCGAGCCCAUGGAAGAAGAGCCAGCCUUGUGAAGUGCCAAGUCCUCCCUGAUAUUUCCUGUGGGUGACAUCAUUGUGUAUCCCCCCAAAGCACCCUCAGACAUGUCUUGUCUGCUGCUUGGGUGGCACAGAUCAGAUGGAACAUAAACACUGGGCACAAAACUCUGAAUAGCAGCUUCACUUGUUCUUUGGAUGGACUUGAAAGGGCCCUAAAGAUUCCUUAAAUGUAACCGCUACAAUUCUAGAGUUACAGUAAAACGGGCUUGGGAGAAAGAGCCUAGAGCAUGCUUUUUAUAUGCUGUUUGACCAGCUCACCAACAUAAAUUGUGAAAUAGAGUAUUACAAAAUUCUACAUGAUAGAUUAUAGAUAUAAGAAUUGCAACAGCCAGCAAAAUACUCGGUAAACUCCAUGAAUCACUUUCUGACACUGGGUAAUUUUUUUCAUACUGUGUUAAAUUGUUAAUAGAAUUUGUUUUCCUUGCUCUGUGCAACGGAAAAAAAAAAACCCACAACUUUAUUUUACGUGCCAUUUUUUAACCCCCUGUAAUGAGUUCUUAGCUGAAUAAGUGAAAGGUAUGUAAAUUGCGAUGAAGGAUUUUAGCUAAAGGGAAAGCACUUCUUAUUGUACUAUAAAUCCCCCUAAGUACUGUGCUUGGUGGUGCUUUACUUUCUUUUCCCUUUUCUCGGCCAUCCCUCCCCAUUUCAUGUAAUCUUUCCUAUCAUAAAAACACAUUCACAAUUCUCUAAAAUGAGCGAUUUUCUGCCUUUAAAAAAAAGUGCUGUACCCUCCGUAGUUGACAGUAGCUCUCACCAAAUGUGCAGCAGAGAUCAAGUACUCUCUGAAAAAUGGAUGGCUUUUCAAAUGUGCUUUUAGUUUGUUCUGAAAUGUUUCUGCAUCCUGACUCUAAGAGCAACGAUCUUCAGUAACUGCGUGCAGCUCAUUUGAAGCUCAGGUGUUUCUGUGGAGGUUGUGUUGGGAGUGUUUUUUGCAGGUCGUCAUGUGAAUACGAACUGAUUCUUUUAUGUAGUCCUGCACCAAGAGAACUGAUGUUGCUUAAGAAGCUUCAAAGGGUUUAGGCUUUAUUUUAGAUCCCCAAAGUGCAGCAAGAUCUCCCUGCAACGUGACUUUAGCUGUUUAAUUCCAUGUUUGAGAACGUAACAUAGAGUUGUGCCUUUAGCUGAUAAUGAACGCUUAAACUGUUACACGUGUUGCCUUACCGUCAGCGAAAGAGAUAGGGCAGGUAUGUAAGACCACUUCAACUGAACAAAACUCUGCUUCAGCAACUUUUAUUUUGUUUACAACUUUCUCACCUAAUGAACCCUGGGAGAUACCUUGAAGUAUUUGACUUGCAGUAUUUGAUAGCUCGCUCAGCAAAUGAUGUUCAUUUUUAUAUAUUUUCCAAACUC